AUGGCGGAGUCUCAGGUGCUGAAGCGCAAACUAAUCCCUAAGCGGGUUUUUCUCAACAACAUCGACUCCUACUCUUCCAGCAACAUCGCUGAGUUCCUAUGUAAGAGCAUGGAGAUGGUCUCAAAUAACGAUCAAGAUGAUGAUGAUGAUGAGGAUGAGGAUGAGGAGGAGGAGAAGCAGAAUGAAAGGGAACUGCUCCACCCCGGUCAAGUCUUCCAGGUGGUUGGAACUGUCUGUGCCCCAUCCAAUGAGCCCAGAUCGUACAUCCUGGAGGAAUAUUAUCAUCCUGAUAGAGAACAACUGCUUUCAAAGCUUAUGGAGUGUCACAUUGUUAUCUACAACAUCAGUCAGGAUGCUGAACAGGUGGAGGAAGCUACCUGGGCUGUCACAGCUCUCCAUAAUCAAAUAGAGCAUUUUUCCAGCCCCAAGCUCUUUAUCCUCAUCUCCACUGUGAUGACAUGGGCCUCCACUAUACUACGGGAUCCAGAGGAUCCAGAGCGCCCCUUAAGUGACGAUUUUUUCUACUGCAGGAGACCACAUCCUAGGUUCAAACAGCACAUCGAUUUGGAGAAGAUGGUGGUGAAAAUGGGAAAAUCUAACCGGAAGGUUUUCCCCACCUAUGUGGUGGCAUCAGGCCUGCAGUAUGGAAUGGGAGAACAUAUCUUCCACUACUUCUUCAAGGAGUCAUGGCUGGGAAAAGAAGCUGAAAUAUCCGUGUUUGGAGAUGGGAAAAACUUUGUUCCCACCAUCCACAUUAGAGACUUGGCCAGGGUGCUUCAGAAUGUAAUUGAACAUAAGCCUAGACCUUACUAUCUGCUGGCGGUGGACUCAUCUCACAGCAGCUUUGAAGAACUGGUAAAGGCUGUCUCCUCUGCUCUGGGACCUGGAAAGAUCCGUAAAAGGCCUUUUGCGGACAUCUACCUCAUCGAGGACUUCAGUGACAUGGAGAUCCAUUCCCUCCAGGUCAACCUAAGGAUGGAUGCAGAAACCAUCAGAAACCUGUUCUCCAUCAACUGGCAUUGUGAAUUUGGACUGGUGGAAAACGUGGAGCUGGUGGUGGAGGAGUAUCGACAGGCUCGCGGGCUUUUACCUCUCCGACUUUGCAUUCUAGGUCCUCCUGCAGUUGGAAAAAGUACAUUCUCCAUGCAGAUCUGUAAGCACUACAAACUACAUCACAUUACCCUGAAGGACACCAUCUCUGAGGCCAUCGCCCGGCUGGACAAAGCUGUGAAAAGUCUUGACCCAGAUGCUGAGGACCCAGCAGCAGAAGAUGAGGAGCUGCUCAGUCACCUAAAGGACAACUUGGAAAAUGAUGAUGUUUCAGAGGAGCAGAUCCAGCUGUUAAAGGAAAAGCUGCUGUCCACUCCAUGCAGAAACCAGGGUUAUGUUCUGGAUGGCUUUCCCAGCACAUCUGAGCAAGCAGAGAAGCUGUUUGGAGACGACCUGAAUACAUUUUCUUCAUCAACAAGUAUCCUGCCAGAGUUCCUGUUGUGUCUCGACGCUUCUGACUCCUUCCUGACAGACCGAGUGAUCAACCUCCCUAAGGAAGUGGUCCAAGAGCUCAACUACGAGUCUGAGCAGUUCCUGAGACGACUUAGUAUAUACAGAAAAAACAACCAAGAGGACAAAACCGUUCUUAACUUUUUUGAGGAGCUGAAUGUUAGGCAUGUGCACCUAGAGAUCACCAGUGGUGAAGAACCUGCCAUUUCAUUGCUGAUGCAGACGAUUUUCAGCACAGUUGGCUCUCCUAGGACAUACGCACCCACCUGUCGGGGGUUAGAGGAGGCAGAGGAGAAGAUGAGGAAAGAGGCAGAGAAAAGGGCUGAGGAGGAACAGAGGGAGGAGGAAGAGGCCAGGAGCAGGGCUGCAAACUGGGAGGAGUGGACUCAUAGAUCUGAGCAGGUGAAGCUGGAGGAGGAGCGGCACCUGGAGGGCCUUACUGUUCAAAUGAGAAGCUAUCUGAUGGAGCAUGUAAUGCCAACACUGAGUCAAGGUCUAGCUGAGUGCUACAGGGCUAAUCCACCCGAUCCCCUGGACUUCCUGGCGGAGUACCUGUUUCGGAACAACCCGUUUGACCACCCCAAGUAGAAAGGAUUCAUUUGUGAAAGGGGAUGUUCCUGUGCAGUUUGAUUAAACAGACGGUUAUUUGUUAUUUGUUGAAGGAAACCUAGUUGAGUCACAGUGUUUCUCUCCCCCGUUGAAGAUACGCAGUGUUUGGACUCCUGAGUACCGGCUGAGAAUUGAAAACAACCAUUUAAAAGUGUGCAUGAAUCCAGAAGCUCAUUAGGAAGUUAAUUUGUUUAAUGAACUCAGGAGCAACAACGCUCCGGUCAUAACAGCUCAGAUUUGGCUGUAGAUAUCUGGGAAGUAGAAACGAUACAAAAGGCAGCUAAUUUGCAGCUCUCUGGAGUUUCCACUCACAGCUCCAAAGUGUUCAUAAUUAGCCGUAACAGAAGCCCAAAUAAUUUCAUUGAACAUAAUCACUACACAGGGAAAUUAGUGGGAAACACUGUGACAAAUAACACAACAUGUAGAGAAAAGAGCAAUUCACAUUCUGUAAUAAAUA